CUUCAACCUUUGUUAUUCGCUUUAAAAUCUGAAGGGCCGAACGCGAUCACCAUUUUAUCGAUGACAGUCAAAAAGCCAACAAUAAAAUUGACUGUAGACGAGGGUGAUUUGGGAGAUUAUACUGAUCCCACAGUAAAAUAUGUUCCUCCUGUGCCCAAAGUAAAUGACAUGAACGACAUCGAUCCUGCCAUUUUGUCAAAAUACCUCGAACUAGAUCUGCUUGAAGCAACGCCUGAUAGUAAGGCGAUAGAUCCCAGUCAACUCGAGUUGGAAGAAAAAGAAAGGUUGGAGUUAGAUACCCUUGCAUUGGAAGCGGAUCUUGACGAAAAACUAUAUGAGCAAAAAGUGAGAGAGGCUAUUCUAAAACCUCGUGAAUACCAAUAUGAAUUAUAUCAAAAAGCAUUAGAAGAAAAUGUGAUUGCUGUACUGGAUACAGGCUCAGGAAAAACAUUAAUAUCGAUUCUGCUAUUGAAGCAAAUGGCUCUGCAGGAGAGAAAUGCGCGUUUAAAGAGACCAGAGACAAAACUUGCUUUUUUCUUAGUAGACAGAGUACCGCUCGUAUUUCAGCAAGCAAGCGUUAUAAGAGCCAACUGUGAUCUAAAAGUAGAGGAAAUGUGUGGCGAAAUGAAUGUCGAUAACUGGUCUGAAAAGCAAUGGAAAUUGAUAUUUGAGGAGAACGAUGUUUGCGUGAUGACAGCGCAAAUUUUUUUGGAUACUUUGCGGCAUGGAUUUAUCAGCCUUGAAAGAGUACAUCUUCUUAUUUUUGAUGAGUGUCACCAUGCAACAAAAAAACAUCCUUUCAACUUGAUCAUGCGUGAAUUUUACGACCGAUGUCCAAUUGAAAAUAGACCGAAAAUUUUUGGUAUGACUGCCUCGCCAAUGCAUGCCAGAUCAAGUGUCAAGUACAGUGUGAGUCAACUGGAAAGUAAUUUGAACGCGUGCGUAUACACAGCGACAAAUCUUGAAACUUUGAAUGAACUCGCUAAGCCGAGAGAGAUGACUGUUGAUUAUCGAGCUACACCUUUUUAUAAUGAAACGGAGAUAACUCAUAGAGUAAGGGAACAGUUAGGUUCAGUAAGUCGUUAUAGUCGUUGUUUCACUAUUGUUGGCGAUAUUCUACGUGCGUUGGGCCCUUGGUGUUGUGAUCACAUGUGGAAAAUUAUGUUAAGCGAUCUUGAAAGAAGGAUGACAAUGGCAACUCAAGGAUUAGAUACAGACGCCCUAAUUGAUGAAGACAAAGCCCUUCGAGAAACUCACGCUAUUGUCGAUCCUAUCGAAUUGGAACGCAAUCCAAACGUCCAAAAUGAGACUCUUUUCUCACCUAAGAUUGCAAAACUAAUAGUUAUAUUGAAAGGCGCCCUGAAUGCUUUAAAAAAUUUCUGCGGCAUUGUAUUUGUGGAAAGAAGGCAUACGGCUUUAGCCAUUAAAACUUUGAUUGAUGCAUUAGAUGACCUAUCAGCAAUACGCUGCGAAGUUUUGAUUGGUCAUGGUACAACAGACGAAGGGGAUAUACAAAUGACUUUUAAAGAACAGAACAAAGUGAUCAAUAAGUUUAGGGAUGGUGAAAUAAAUCUGCUUAUUGCCACUAACGUGGCCGAAGAGGGCCUCGACAUUCAGCCAUGUAAUAUUGUCAUCCGCUUCGAUUUUUUUCACACUUUAAUCGCCUAUAUUCAAUCGCGUGGUAGAGCUCGUAGAAAGGACUCAGUAUACUUUGUCAUGGUUGAACAGAAUAAUACGAGUCAUAAAGGGAUGCUUAAGGAUUUCCAGAGGCUAGAAGAUGAAAUGAAAGAAUACUGUCAGACGUUGCCAGAGGAUCGUAACGUCGCUAACAAAUAUAUCGUAGGCAUGGGAGAGGUUGAAUACGAAUCGGAUGAGGAUGAAGAUUUGGAUGAGGAUUUCAACGCCAAUGCAUUUAUUGUAACAGAAACUGGUGCUAUGGUGACAAAACAAAACUCGGUUCCUCUAUUACAUCGUUAUUGUAGUACUUUACCUUCUGAUAGUUUUUGUGUUCUCAAACCUAUCUUUCAAAUCCAACAAACUGCCGGUGGCUUUAUAUGUAAGCUUAUGUUACCCCCUAAUGCUCCUUUUCAAGAAAUGGAGUCCCCUGUUUGUCGAUCAAAAGAGCAUGCCAGAGCGAUUGUAGCCCUAGAAGCAUGUGUUGAACUACGCAAAUUAAAUGCCUUGGAUGAACAUUUACUACCUAGGAAUUUGAAAAAGGAAAUACUCGGUGAAAUGGCAGCACACUAUGAUGAGAAUGGUUUGAUGAUUGGUAGUAGACGGCGUCACGGCCUAUAUGAAAAACGAACACCAGCUUUUUGGAAAAGACAAGUCGAGGAGGAGGAAGAGAUUGCUGUUGAGGAUAAUGAAGAUCUGCUGAAAGCUACCAUACAUACGACAGAAGAACUGACAUCAGAUAUUAAGGAAGGAAAUGAUUCUUCAAUCGUUGUGAAGGAAGUGGCCGUCAAUGGUUCAGUGAAGGUAGUCGAUACUGUUGUUGGCAAUGAAGGCAAAUCAUCAAUGCCAGAAGCCCUACAACCUACUAAGCUAGAUAUAAAUCCAACUCAGUUGGCAACUAACGGUGGUGCACGUAUUGAUGGGAUUUUGCCUGGCACUCUCCUAAAUGAAGCACAAACCGAUGAAACUGUUGGGCAAGUGCAAGAAAACACAGAAAAAGGAACAAUGGCAGAAGUACUCCAAAAGGAGGAAGAGGAGUUAGGUGCCGGACCAUUUAAAUGCUGGUUUACAGUGCUCGAGGUUAACAUGGAAGAUGGUAAGCUGGGAGGUAUUCCUUACCGUCGCGUUUGCUUGAUUACAAAAAAGCCAUUCCCAACUUUACCGAAACUCAAACUUUUUCAUAAAACUGUACCCUUUACUGUCAAUGUCCGUAACGUGGAAACUGAAAUUGUUUUUGAUCGACCUAGAAUAAUUCUUUUGUCUGAGUACAUGAAAAAGCUACUAUUAGCUCUGCUAAACAAAGAGUUCCACUGCCCUAUUGUCGAAAUUCCUUAUUAUAUUGUUCCCAUGAUCAAGAAUUGCGAAAACACUCCUUUUGAACAAAUAUCUGCUGAUGAGUUUACUUCCUUAAUAGACUGGCAGGAGGUUGACAGCAUUCUCCAUUCGCAAAACGAAGCUUUCUCUUUGAACAGUGGAAAAGAUCCUUUAGAUAGUAUUGUUAUUGAUCGAACGGAUAUGUUUCGACGUUAUUAUGUUACAAGUGUACGUUCAGAUUUGAGUUGCUUCAGUCCUGUACCUGAGGAUUGCCAUGAGAAGACACGUGAAAAAGGUUAUGCCACGUUUGCUGACUAUUACAAGGAAAAGGAACUAUUGAAGGAAGGACAAGAGUUUGAUACAUCUCAACCUAUGCUAGAAUUAAAGCGAGUCAGAAAAAUGAUGAACUUCCUUUAUCCUGGACAGAUCGAACAGGGCCAAAUGAAAGGCCAAAUCAAAGCAUGGACAUUACCAUCCUUCUGUGAUAGAUUUUUUAUCAGCGCUAGUGUAUACCAAGCAAUUAUGAUGAUACCCUCGAUAAUGACCCGAAUAGAUUCUCUAUUGUUGAUAAGACAAGCUCGUGAACGUUAUGAUUUGAAAAUUGACGAUGAAAAUAUGCUAUCAGCUUAUACCACACCCUCGGCUAGUAUGGAAAUGAAUUAUGAACGGUUGGAAACCUUGGGCGAUUCCUUAUUGAAAUUUAUUGCAACUAUUCGCUUAUACAUCAAUUUUCCGUUCAGUAACGAAGGCGAACUUCACCAUCUGCGUAUCCGUGUCAUCUGUAACAGAGCGUUAUAUCGUGCUGCAAAACGCUUAAAAUUCUACCGCUAUAUCACGAGUCACGCCUUUAACCGACGUUACUGGCGCCCACCAGGUUUCUUGAGUUCAGCCGAUAAUGCAGAGGCGAUGGAACAACUGCAAUAUCACCGUCUUUCUGAUAAAACAUUGGCUGAUAUAGUAGAAGCUUCUUUAGGGGGCGCUUAUCUCACUGGCGGAUUAAGAGCUGGUCUCCAUACCGCUAUUCAAUUACAAAUUCCAUUUGAUGAAAUCAAGUCUUGGGAUGACUUUAAGCCUGCAUUCGAAGAAUCAAGAAAACAAGUGCCUCCUCGUGCUGAAGCCAAGGCUUUACGAAGCCUCAAUAUACCUGCCCUUGAAGAAAUUCUGGGGCGCCAGUUCAAUAACAAACUACUUUUAGUUGAAGCACUGACCCACGCUAGUUUACCAAACUCUACUGCGCCCUGUUAUCAGCGUCUAGAGUUUUUGGGCGAUGCUAUCCUAGAUUUUCUGGUUAUCCGAUACCUUUUUGAGAAAUACCCAAAUGCAACUCCUGGUGAUAUUACUGAUCUCAAAGAUUCAUGUGUAAAUAACCAUGUUCUGGGUAUUGUUUGCAUUGAAAAUGGAUUGCAUAAGCAUAUUAUUCAUUAUUCAGGAAAACUGGUACAUGCUAUCGAAGAAUUCUGUGGAUCAAUUCAGGAAGCUAAAGACAAGGGGGAAGCCGUUGGUGAAUAUUGGAGAGAAUACAACAUCCCUAAGGUUCUAUCCGACGUAGUAGAAAGUAUUCUGGGAGCAAACUUUGUUGAUGCAGGUUUUCAACUCGAACCUUGUGAAGCUUUGUUCAAUAAAUGGUUCCGACCACUUUUUGAUAAGCAUGUUAUAAAGGGCCAAAUGAAGGUUCAUCCCAUGAAACGACUAAUAACAUGGCUACAACAAAAUGGCUGCGAUGGUUUUAUGCUAAGAAAUCAUAGUACUGGUGAAACCGGCCCCAACAGCCAGAAGUGUGUCAUUUUCCUCCAUGGUAAACCUUUGGCGUGUGGAUCAGAUUGGAAUAUCAAAAUUGCUCGUCGUUUCGCAGCUGCCAAAGGUUAUCAAAGACUAAUGGAUGAUCCUACACUGCUUGAUAGAGUGUGUGAUUGUAGGGUUCACUUAAAUAAGCAGAACAAAUAUUAUGACGACGAAGACGACGAAGAUGAUGGGUAUUAAGCGUGUAAUAAUUUAUUUUUUUUUAUGGGAGAAUCAC